UGGGAUAAUUAGGAAAUGUACCCAGGUGUAAAGAGGGUCACUGUCCUUUCCAGUAAUGCUCCUUCACCUUUCAGAUUCCUCAGAUCACUGGCCAGCUCUCUGCCCCUGUUCAUGACCUUAGCGUGGGUUUAUUCUGUGGCCAUAAUUGUUAAAGGCAUUGUCGCUGAGAAAGAGGCGAGGCUGAAGGAGACUGUGAGAAUCAUGGGCCUGAGGAACAGCAUCUAUUGGCUGACCUGGGCAGUGUCCAGUGUAUUGCUACUGGCCAUCAGCGCUUCCCUUCUUACUCUCAUACUCAAGUACGGAAAAGUCCUGCAGUACAGCGACCCCUCAGUAAUCUUUGUGUUCCUGCUGGUGUUCUGUCUGGCCACCAUCUCCCAGUGCUUCCUCAUUAGCGUCUUCUUCUCUAAAGCAAAUUUAGCGGCGGCAUGUGGCGGCCUCAUCUUCUUUCUCCUCUACCUGCCACACAGCCUCUGCUAUGCCUGGAGGGACGUUAUGGGUUUCGGGGCCAAGGUGGCUGUGAGUUUACUGUCAUGUGUUGCCUUUGGCUAUGGGUGUGAGAACUUUUCCAAGUAUGAGGAGCAAGGCAUCGGUAUACAGUGGCACAACAUCGGCAAAAGCCCUCAGGAGGGGGAUCCCUACACCUUUAUUGUCUCCCUCGUCAUGAUGCUCGCUGAUGCUGUCCUAUACUGGUUGCUAACCUGGUACAUUGAAAAUGUCUUUCCAGGCCAAUUCGGGAUUCCUAAGCCAUGGUAUUUCCCAUUUACUUCAUCUUAUUGGUGCCAGAUGAAAGCAGCAACAGAAAAUCACCCUGAUCUGCCAAAAGACUCUGAGGCUUACAGCGGGUAUUUCGAGAGACCAGCUCCCAAUGUAAAAGUGGGUGUCUCAAUUCGCAAUCUUGUCAAAAUCUACAAAACCGGGAAGAAGCUGGCAGUUGACGGCUUGAGCGUGGACUUCUAUGAGAAUCAGAUCACAUCAUUUCUAGGCCACAAUGGAGCUGGAAAAACAACCACAAUGUCUAUCCUGACAGGUCUGUUCCCGCCUACAUCUGGAACAGCCCUCAUACAUGACUAUGAUAUUCGCACAGACAUAGAUAACAUCCGGAAGUAUUUGGGAAUGUGUCCACAGCAUAAUGUCCUUUUUAAUGAGCUUACUGUGGAGGAGCACAUUUACUUCUAUGCCAGGCUAAAAGGACUUAGUAGCAAAGAGGUUGAGUAUGAGAUGGACCAGAUGAUUGAAGAUGUUGGUUUACCACACAAGCGGAAGGAACUUGCUAAGAACUUGUCAGGUGGCAUGCAAAGAAAGCUCUCUGUUGCCAUAGCAUUCGUUGGUGGUUCAAAGAUCGUCAUCCUGGAUGAACCAACAGCAGGAGUUGACCCUUAUGCUCGCCGUGGGAUCUGGGAUCUACUGUUAAAGUACAAACAAGGUCGAACCAUCAUUUUGUCCACUCAUCACAUGGACGAGGCAGACAUCUUAGGAGAUCGUAUAGCCAUCAUAGCCCAAGGAAAAAUGCGAUGCUGUGGCUCCUCUCUCUUCCUGAAGAAGUGUUUUGGCAGUGGCUACUACCUGACUCUGGUUAAAGAUGAAACAGGAAAGAGGACCAGUCAAAGGAAAAAUAUUACCCGAACUACAUCCAAGGAAACUGAUCGUCCUUUCAGGAGUGGUCCAGACGAUGGCUUCAGCAGUCCGACGUGGGAUAAUUCUAAACAGAAAGCAGAUCUUGCCGCUGUGACUCAACUUGUGUGCAGCUACAUACCAGAGGCUACGUUUUUGGAGAGCAUCGGUCAAGAGAUCACCUUCAUCCUGCCCUACAGCGGAGCCAGAGAUGGGACCUUUGCCACACUCUUCCACAAGCUUGACCUUUCCAUGGGCAAACUCGGCCUGACCAGCUAUGGUAUCUCUGACACCACAUUGGAGGAGAUAUUUCUGAAAGUGGCAGAAGAUACCGGUGUGGAUGAAAGUAUACCAUCAGCAAAGGAGCAACUGAGUAGAGACUGGAAAAGAAGCUCUCGCCAAUCAAAGAGGAACAGUUUUGCCCGUGUCCGCUCUAAAUCAGAGCACAACGAAUUCAAGGAACCAUUUUCAAAUAAAGUGGAAGAUCACAAGAGGAGCGCAGGCCUGAAUGGAAGAGGAUCCACAGUCAUCACCGGAUGGAAGCUGAUCAGAAGGCAGUUUCUGGCACUCUUCAUCAAGCGCUUCCACCAUGCCCGAAGGAGUCGCAAGGGAAUCAUUGCACAGGUGGUCUUGCCUGCUUUCUUCGUGUGCCUGUCUCUGAUCUUCUCCCUCAUUGUACCACCAUUCAAUGAGUAUCCAAGUCUGGAGCUGCAACCGUGGAUGUACGACCUUCCCCAAACCACCUUUUACAGUAAUGACAUGCCAGAACAUGCGGAGGUGUCCAGGGUUGUGGAUACGUUACUGAACAACCCUGGCUUUGGGACACGCUGUAUGCAUGGGGAUCCAAUACCGGGUUUACCAUGCUCAUCUGCUUAUUCUGAUUGGUUCACUCCAUCUGUGGAUCAGUCAGUGACAGACAUCUUCGAUAACGGGAACUGGAGCAUGUCUAACCCCUCACCUUCCUGCGAGUGCAGUACUCCUGAACGCUCCAUUAUGUUACCCGACUGUCCACCUGGAGCGGGAGGUCUCCCUCCACCUCAAAGAGUACAGAACACAACUGACACAUUGUUGAAUUUAACUGGACGGAACAUGUCAGACUUCCUAGUCAAGACUUAUGAGGACUCUGGAAGAAAAAGGUAUGGAGGAAUUUCUGUGGGAGCAGUCAAUUCCCAAGUGCGUCUAACGGAAGCAGAAAUUGAGGACGUCUUCAGGGACUUAAAAGGCCUGUUUAACUCAACUCAGGAUAAUGUCACUGAUCAGACCCUGCAGAGAGCCGAGAUGUUGCUAAAGAAGAUGGGAACCAGGGACAAUGUCAAGGUGUGGUUCUAUAAUCAAGCAUGGCACGGCAUAGUGUCCUUUCUGAGUGUGGCCAACAACGGCAUUCUGAGAGGAAAUCUGCCCAUGGGAGAGGACCCACGCCAUCAUGGCAUCUCUGUCUCUAAUCACCCCCUAAAUCUCACCAAAGAGCAGCUGUCCUAUGCGGCAAUGGCCACAACCUCUACAGAUGUGGUGGUGUCGAUCUGCGUUAUUUUCGCCAUGUCCUUCAUCCCUGCCAGCUUUGUCCUUUUUCUCAUCCAGGAGAGGGUGAGCAAAGCCAAGCAUCUGCAAUUUGUCAGCGGGGUAAACCCGGCUGUCUACUGGUUUACCAAUUUCGUCUGGGAUAUGUGUAACUACAUCGUCCCCUGCAUCAUCGUGAUCUUGAUAUUCCUCUGCUUCCAACAAAAAGCCUACGUCUCACCUCCAAACCUUCCUGCCUUGAUACUGCUCCUUGUUUUUUAUGGGUGGGCCAUCACACCCAUGAUGUACCCUGCCUCCUUCAUCUUCAGUGUGCCCAGUACAGCGUAUGUGGCAUUGACUUGCAUCAACCUCUUUAUUGGGAUCAAUGGCAGCAUUGCCACCUUCAUCAUGGAGCUUUUUGAUGAUGAUAACAUCUCCCAAAUCAAUGACAUAGUGAAGCAGGUGCUGCUGAUAUUCCCACACUUUUGUUUGGGCAGAGGGCUAAUUGAUAUGGCCAAGAACCAGGCGAUGGCGACACUUUACGCCAGUUUGGGGGAAGAUCGUUUUGAAGAUCCACUGAGCUGGGGGAUGGUGGGAAAAAAUCUUCUGGCCAUGACUAUCCAGGGCAUUGUGAUGUUCACCUUUACCAUUCUCCUCCAGUACAAGUUCUUCUGCAAACCUAGGCUUAUUUCAGCAAAAUCAAUGACUACAGAGGAGGAGGAUGUUGAUGUUGCCCGAGAACGUCAGAGAGUGUAUGAAGGCAAAGCUGAGAAUGACCUGUUGAAGAUCUGUGACCUCACAAAGGUUUACCGAGGGAAGAGCACCCCUGCUGUGGACCGACUAUGUGUGGGCGUGCCUGCUGCAGAGUGUUUCGGCUUACUGGGGAUCAAUGGUGCUGGAAAAACUACGACGUUCAAGAUGCUGACAGGAGACAUCCCAGUCUCCGGCGGAGAGGCCUUUCUAAAUGGAUACAGCAUUCGAACAGAAAUGAGACAUGUUCAUCAGAACAUGGGUUACUGUCCUCAGUUUGACGCCAUUGAUAACCUUCUGACUGGACGAGAGCAUCUGGAGUUUUAUGCUCGGUUAAGAGGAGUACCAGAAGAAGAGGUUGCCAUGGUGGCAGAGUGGGGGAUUCAGAAGCUGGGGCUGGUGAAAUACACCAACAAGUCAGCUGGAACCUACAGCGGUGGGAACAAACGCAAACUUUCCACAGCAAUGGCCCUCAUCGGAUGUCCACCUGUGGUUUUCUUGGAUGAGCCAACCACUGGAAUGGACCCCAAAGCCAGACGCUUCCUGUGGGACUGCAUCCUAAGUGUCAUCAAAGAGGGACGCUCAGUUAUUCUUACAUCACACAGUAUGGAGGAGUGUGAAGCACUGUGCACUCGUAUGGCCAUCAUGGUAAACGGGCGCUUCAAGUGCCUUGGAAGCAUCCAGCAUCUAAAAAAUAGAUUUGGUGAUGGCUACACUGUGAUCAUUCGUGUUGGUGGUUCCCCUCCUGCUCUAAAGCCAGUUGAGGACUUUGUCCUUAAGAAGUUCCCAGACAGCAUUCUCAAGGAGAAACAUCACAAUACACUCCAUUACCAGUUCCCAUACAAACUGGGAGCACUGGCUAAAAUCUUUAGCCAGUUCACCAGCCAUCAGCACAGGUUGUGUGUAGAGGACUACUCUGUGUCCCAAACAACUCUCGAUCAGGUCUUUGUGAACUUUGCACAGCUCCAGCAUGUAGAGGACGAGUCUCAGACCUACAGCAAUCCAGUCGACAUUACGGAUGAGCUGACGCUGAAGUCACUGAAGACCUCCCGGGGCGCAGAGAAUGUUUAAUGGAGAAAUGAAUGUAUUAUGUCUGUAUUGAUUAGCAAUAUAUCUCAAACAAAUUUAGAUGAGUGUGAUUUUCAUUGGUAGCAAUACAGUAAUGGGCUUUUUAGCUACUAUCCAGAUUAUUCUGUAAAAUCAAACCAAUUUGUAGAUAAUUAUAGAACAAGUCAAAUUUAUUUUUACUACAUUUCACAGUUUACGUAUAUAAAAGCUAACCUUAUUUGUCCACAUUUACUUAUCAGAUUUGCAAACACUUUUCAAUGUGUGAAUAAUUUUAUUGGCCCAUGUGAAUUUUAAAUUCCAACAAUUUUUACAGUAAUAUUUCCAUCAGACUCCUGAACAUGAUUACCAAUCUGAUUUAGGGUAGGUCCCAAUCCUGAAUGUGUCUGCAGAACAGCCUAAAGUAUCACCAUCAUUUCAGUGAAAUCCCACAUGUCAACUCUCCAACAGAGAAAGGUUAUAUUUGAGAACUGAAGUGUAAUGGCUUCAGGAUGCAUGCAGUGUCACUGUACUGGCAAAUUUCCAAACAACUUAUAAUGGUGCAAGCACUAUAUGCCAUCUACAAACUUUUAAGUAGUUAGAAUACACUGAACCAAUUCAAUGAAAAGCAAAAACCUCAAAAACUAAACAGAUUUCCUUAUACUGUAGAUCCUGAGAGUGACUACUGCGCUAGUGUCUUUUUCACCCACUUUUACCUUGCAAGAAGGGCAUCCAUCAAGAUUUAGUUAUUAGAUUUAACAGUACAUUGAUUGCUAGCUACUUUAAACGUGACAAUUUAGAUAGAAAAGUCAAAAUAAGUCAGAAACCGUUUCUCAACGUUACCUUUUUUAAAAGACAUUUUCAGGCUGUUUAGAAGGUAUUAUCAGUUUAAUUUCCACUGUAGUAAAAUUAAGUUCACUUAAAAAACAUCUUUACUUACUUAAAUAAAAGAUAACUGAUGACUGAA